UGCGCGCCCCCGCGGUCAAGUGUAAUGUGCACUGGAUUAAAGGGUGGACACACACGGAGUGAAGAUGGCGAUGAGAGCGGCGCUGCGGUGCCUCUCCGCAAACUUUUCCCCCAGGCUGCCUCAGCUGUCGUCCGCAGCGCAGCGUUCAGCGACCCGGCUGCUGUGGAGGAGCGGCUCUCCGCGGACACUGAGCACGACCUCGGCCCUGUCCACAGCCCUGAAGUUCACAGAUAAGCAUGAGUGGGUGCGAGUGGAAGGCGGCGUUGGCACAGUUGGUAUCAGCAAUUAUGCUCAGGAAGCGUUAGGUGAUGUGGUGUACUGUGGACUCCCUGAAGUUGGCCAAAGACUUGAACAAAUGGAGGAGUUUGGUGCCUUGGAAAGCGUGAAGGCUGCCAGUGAGCUAUACUCACCCCUGACAGGGGAAGUGACUGAAAUCAACACAGAGCUGACAGAGAAUCCUGGACUUGUGAAUAAAGCCUGCUAUGCGGAGGGGUGGCUAAUCAAGAUGACGAUUGAAAAGCCAGAAGAGCUCGAUGGCCUCAUGGACCAACCUGCGUAUGAUAAAUUCAUUAAGUCGCUGGAAUAAAUCGCUAAACUCCCUGUGCUGUUUUAUGAUGGAAUUGCAAUCAAAGACUAGUAGGCAGGGUUACUAACAUCUUGUGUGACACUCUUAUCUGUGGUAUUUAUUUUGAUACUGGAAUCAAAAUAAUUGAAAAUCCUGAGUAACACCUUCCACUUAGGAUUUGUUUAGCUACUAGCCAACCUAAAGGGCUCAUAAUAUCAAGAUGUUUCAGUGUUAUUGGGCCUUUAUCUGGUGCUUUGCUUCAUUUUAAAUGUGCACAGAUGUGGUAAAAGACUAGAAAGUGAUUGUAAGUGCUGUGUCACAUUCAUUGAAUAAAACUGUUCUUACAAUUUUAUAGUCUUGCAUUUUUG